UGUUUACAGCCUGGGCUUGUUGCAUUCAGGAGGGACACAAAGUCUCCAGCUGCCCCAGCCUCUCACCUUUGAGGUGCAGUGGCCAGGCACAGGCCUGUCUGCAGUGGGCUGGAGGAGGGGACCCAGCCCUGGACAGAGAGGGCAGGAGAGAAGCUGCCAGCUUUGCUGCUCACUGGCUCCCACUCAGGGAGUGUGUGGGGCAGCUCCCAUCGCUGCAGUGGGGCUGGCGGUACCAUGGGGCAGAGUGGCACGGAGAUGCCCUUGCUCCGGGAGGCCAUGUAGACUCUUCUUCUGGAUGUGACCAGCUUGCAGGCUCCCCUAGCAGAGCUGUUCAUUCACAGGUGCUCCCACCCUCACCCUUUGGCCAGGUGCGGUGUGGAAGAGGAGGGGGGCAAUGUUACCUGGGAUCUAAAGGGUGCUGACCUGGUGAUGCUGGAAGCUCCUGCUGCUGCCGCCUUAGCCCAGUCCUGGGAGACGCGCUGCCUGCCUGUGGGAUCAAGUCAUGUUGGCCCUGGAGCUGCCCCUCGUCCUGCUGCUGCUGGCUCUUCCGGGGGCUGGUGCUUUCCCCGAGGCCUUGGCUGCCAAGAACAUCUCCCAGAAGGAGGCCGAGUUUGACAAAAACUACACGGACUUUGUGAACAGCGAGCUACUGAACAUCUACACCUUCAACCACACCGUGAUGAGGAACAGGACGGAGGGUGUCCGGGUGACGGUGAAUGUGUUGUCUGAGCAGAAGGAGACGCCAGUUCUCUUUGUGGUGAGGCAGAAGGAGGCGGUGGUGUCGUUUCAGGUGCCGCUGAUCCUCAGGGGUCUGUUCCAGAGGAAGUACCUGUACCAGAAUGUGAGCCGCACACUGUGCCAGCCCCCGACCAAGAGUGAGUCAGAGACGCAGUUCUUCUAUGUGGAUGUGUCGACGCUGUCUGCGAGGAACGCCUCCUACCAGCUGCGGGUCACCCGUGUGGAGAACUUCGUGCUACGGACGAGCGAGCGGUUCAGCUUUAAUGCCACAGCAGCCCAGCCGCAGUAUUUUAAGUAUGUGUUCCCGGAGGGUGUGGACUCGGUGAUCGUGAAGGUGACCUCACGCAUGGCCUUCCCUUGCUCCGUCAUCUCCGUCCAGGACAUCCUGUGCCCCGUCUAUGACCUGGACAACAACGUGGCCUUCAUCGGGACGUACCAGACCAUGACGAAGAAGGCAGCCAUCACGGUGCAGAAGAAGGAUUUCCCCAGCAACAGCUUCUACGUCGUGGUGGUGGUGAAAACGGAAGAUGAGGCCUGUGGAGGGCCCCUGCCUUACUACCCCCUCACCAAAGAUGAACCAGUAGAUCAAGGCAGUCGGCAGAAGGCGCUGGACGUGAUGGUGUCACCUGCUAUUACCUCGGAGGUCUACGUCAGUGCCAUGCUCUUCUGCCUGGGGAUCUUCCUCUCCUUCUACCUGCUGACACUGCUCAUCGCCUGCUGUGAGACCUGGAGACAACAGAAGAAGAGAAAAAGGCUCCUGGCUGCCAUGGACACGCCCACCACAGACACAGCGUCUUUACUGAGGCAUCCGCGCAUCACCCCGGACUCCCUCCUGGGUCACCCUCCCUACCACGGCUACGGCUACGGCUCUUUGGAGAACAGUUCCACCCUGAGCACAGAGGGCAUCACGGAGAGCAUGGGCUCCACGGACAUCUCCUCUGGGUACACAGGGCUGGACCGCUUCAAGCGACGCAUCCCCUCCAGCCAGAUGAGGCACCUGUGCAUUGCUAUGGAGCGCUCCCUGGAGAACGUGGCCAGCCGGCCCCGCCUGGACUCCCUCAGCUCGGUGGAGGAGGACGACUACGACACGCUGGCGGACAUAGACUCUGACAAGAACGUCAUCCGGACCAAGCAAUACCUCUACGUGGCAGACCUGGCCCGGAAGGACAAGCGUGUCCUGCGGAAGAAAUACCAGAUCUACUUCUGGAAUAUUGCCACCAUCGCUGUGUUCUACGCCCUCCCUGUCGUACAGCUGGUCAUCACCUACCAGACGGUGGUGAAUGUGACAGGGAAUCAGGACAUUUGCUACUAUAACUUCCUGUGCGCCCACCCCCUGGGAAACCUCAGUGCUUUCAACAACAUCCUCAGCAACCUGGGGUACGUGCUGCUGGGCCUGCUCUUCCUGCUCAUCAUCCUGCAGAGAGAGAUCAACUAUAACCGGGCGCUGAUGCGCAACGACAUGCAGGCCUUGGAGUGUGGCAUCCCCAAGCACUUUGGCCUGUUCUACGCCAUGGGCACGGCGCUCAUGAUGGAGGGGCUGCUCAGCGCCUGCUACCAUGUCUGCCCCAACUACACCAACUUCCAGUUCGACACUUCCUUCAUGUACAUGAUCGCGGGACUCUGCAUGCUGAAGCUGUAUCAGAAACGGCACCCGGACAUAAAUGCCAGCGCGUACAGUGCCUACGCCUGCCUGGCUAUCGUCAUCUUCUUCUCCGUCAUCGGCGUGGUCUUUGGCAAAGGGAAUAUGAUGUUCUGGAUUUUCUUCUCCAUCAUCCACAUCAUCGCCACCCUGCUGCUGAGCACGCAGCUCUACUACAUGGGCCGCUGGAAAUUCGACUCCGGGAUACUGCGCAGAAUCGUGCACAUGCUGUACACAGAUUGCAUCCGCCAGUGCAGUGGGCCCAUGUACGUGGAUCGAAUGGUGCUGCUGGUCAUGGGCAACAUCAUCAACUGGUCGCUCGCUGCCUAUGGACUCAUCGUCCAACCCAACGACUUUGCCUCCUACCUGCUGGCCAUCGGCAUCUGCAACCUGCUGCUCUACUUCGCGUUCUACAUAAUCAUGAAGAAAACGCCGGCCGAGUCCCGGCAGCACAACAGAGACUGCAUCCUGCUCAGCUUCUUUGAUGACCAUGACAUCUGGCACUUCCUCUCCUCCAUCGCCAUGUUUGGCUCCUUCUUGGUGUUGCUGACGCUGGACGAUGACCUGGACUGCAUCCAACGGGACAAAAUCUAUGUCUUCUAGGCCCUUUCCCAUAACACCACCUGGCCUGUGGUUUGUAAGUCGGGGCCUCCACCCUGCCCAGGUGCUGCCUUCAGCCCUGCUCUCCAAUGUAGUGGACGCCUGUAGUGGGCAGCUCAGGAGGACAUGGCAAAGCAUCCCAGACGUAGGGGCUUCUCCAGAGGUGGGACUUGUGUUCAUACCCCCCCCCCACCUGUGUGCCAGGGUGUUGUCCAACCCUCAGACGGCGCCUUGCCAAGCCGAGCCUGUCACCUCCUUGCUUGAGCUGCUCAAGGGGCUGCAGGGCAGGCCCAACGCACCCACCUGCCGCCACGUGGCUUUCAGAGAUGGGUGAGGAUGGUGCGAGGCCUGGUCAGACUCAGCAGAAGCCAUUGCCCCUUGCCUUGCUGGGGCUACUGGUCCUGCAGAGUCAUGGGGGUGGCUCCAGGUUCCCAGCCCAGUAAGUGGUGGGUUCUCAGUGCACUGCCAUUGUCCCAUCUCUGUCCCCACCACAGUGCCAUGCCAAGACGGACUGCCAUGGGGACCUCUGCCUAACAGGCCUGGCUCCUCCUCAGCCAGCCAGCUUCUCCCAUAGCUCGGGGGCCAGCGGGGCAGGGAACCUCUCAGAGCAAACAGCAGGCAAGUUAGAAAACACUCCCUCUGCCUGAAAAUCACAUUGACCGAGUACUGGCCAGGGCACUGGGGGAGCAACGUUGCAUCCCCUGCAAAGAGGAUAUUCAGCCCUCUCCCAUUCCGCCAGUGGAGCACAGCACCCAGUGAAACCUGCCUGGUGCACAGCCCAGGGACUGGCCUGCUCAGCUGUGCAGUUCAGUCGGUCUCCCCGUAGGCUGCUGCCGAGCUGGGCAGCUCCUCUCAGGCCUGGCUGUUCAGUGAGAGAGCCCAUCCUUGGCAUAUGUGUUCCUGUCUAGGCUGAGAACAGGGCCUUCCUCUCUGCAGGCUCACUGGGUCCCCCCUGCCUCCCAUCACCCCCCUAUCCCAGCGUCUGGUCCAGGGGAGGGAGCCGCUGCCCCCACCGGUCUGUAUGGCCUCCCUGCGGAUAGAGCAGGGGGCAGCAGAAGCCCUCCUUGACCCUACUGCAGGCUCCGAGGGCUGGCAACAGUGCAAAGGUGAUUGUGAAAUAUGGGGCUCUCGCUGUCGUUCCAGCACUGUUCUCCCCGGCCUCACGAGCUGUGAGGCAGACCCAGAAGGGAGUUCCCAGCCCUAGUGCCCUGGGGCUGUAGCUACCAUCCCUGCUGUCUUCACUGGUGUUCUGUGUGCUCCCCUCAACCCAGGCUAUAACCAGUGUUACAGACCAUGGGCACCUCUGCUCCAGAGCUGGGAGAUGGGCUGUCUGGUUUCCAAGGAACAUGACUCUUGUAAAUGUGCUGCUGCUGCUAUCAUUCUUACAACUGUGGCCUUUCCCGAGGAUGAAGGGUGCCAUUCACACCUCUUGCCAAUGUGAGGCUGUCCCAUGGGUGCAGCACCUCCAAACCGUCCCCCAGGCAGAGGCUCCUCCGAGAGGCGGGAGAGCAGCCAGGGGCAGUUGCAUCUCUGUUCUAGAAGCACAUGGGCGCAUGACUGUCUUCAGUGCCUAAUUUUUAUUAUUUUAUUUAAAUUUUUGCAGGGAGAUCUAUGUCCAGUCUAACUGUGUCUAGUUCCUCCCCCUGCUAAGGACUUGUGGGGUCUUGGACUCCCGCUGGCUAAUGUGUACUUAAGGUGGGGCGUCAAAACACACAUCUGUGUCAAGGUUGUCAUUAAGCAACUUUCUUUGGUAGCCCACUGGCUGUUUACAUUGCAAGUUUGAGCUUGUAUUCUCAUUUUACAAUUCUUUGGGUUUAGCUCAAAUUUGGAUCCACUCUGGGACUCUGUCCUCUUUGUUCUGGCCACAUAACAUAUCAGAUGGUUCUGUGGUGCAUGACCCAGGGUGCCUUGGUUACACAACAAAAGGCUAAGAAUGGUGCUUUCUCAGUCAUCCCAGGGAAAGAUGCCCUCUUCCCACUCCACAAGGAGGGUCAUGGCGCUGGAAUGUCCAUAGUUUUCUGAUUUCUUAAAUGCAUUGACAAUAUUUUGACUUUGCAGGUACACUGUUAUUAAGCCAAGUUGCACCAUGUUUUCUAAGAAUGGUUUGGCCAUCAAAUGAAGAGAAUUAAACAAUAGAAAAAUUGAUCUGCACUUUA